GUCGGGGCGGGACCGGGAGUGGAUGGCGGCGGCGGCGGCUGGUGGGGGGGAGAAAGCAGCACCCGGAAGGGAAGCGCGCCAGGCUCCCCGCGCGGCAGGUGAGGAUGGGAAGCGAAGGAGACCCGGGCGGGAAGGAAGGGCAGCUCCUCGCCGAGGGAGGCAGCGGGAGGAAUCGGGAGCCGGAGGGGAUGCGAACCUGGAGGAGGCGGGGCUCUUCGGCUGGGGGGCGGCUUGGCUUUCAAGCACCCCCCACCCCAUCCCCGAGGGAUUGGGCUCCCCCACCGAAAGGGGGUGGUCCCUCCGAGCAUGUGCAGAGUGCCGUCCCGCCCAGCCGCAGCCAGAAGCAGCCAGCCCGUUCUGACGCUUUGCGAUCGCGGCGAGGAAAGGAAAGUUUCGUGUUCUUUCCUUCGCCUUGCGCAUUGCCCUCAGGAGUCCCUCGAGGAGCUUUGAUAUUUUUUUUCAUGAUAAAAGAUGGGCUUUUUAGCUGGGAGGCAGCUCUCAGUCGGUGAUGCAUGAGGCCCUUGAUCUCAGGGUGAAGGGUUCAAGUCCAAGAUUCCUGCGCCGCGGGGGGUUGGACUAGAUGACCCCCGAGGUCCCUUCCAACUCUGCAGUUCUGUGAUUGGUGCAGUGGGUCAACGUGUCUGGCUGUUGCGGGUUUGAGGCCACCCAGGGUCCGCUGUGGGCUGCAUUCCUGUGUUGCAAGGGGGGUUGGACUAGAUGACCCCCGAGAUCCCCUCCGACUCUGCAGUUCUGUGAUUCUUGUUUUAGAAAUGUCUGGCGCCAAGGAAAGCGACCACUGAGCUUAGAAUUGGCUAGUUAAGCUUGAGGCUUACAAAAAUUUAAGGAGUCAUUUGGAUCAGGGAUACAUGAAGUUAAGAGACACCCUGCCAUUCCUUUGUGCCUUAUGCUACUCCUGCCAAAUAGGUUGCCUGCUUGUUGGUGGGCUCAACUUGAAGGACUGUUGAGAAACAAAUUUAUUACUAUUGUGCAUCGACUUCUUUGGACACUCAGAUGGCCUGGAUUCCAGUGACUUGUACUUUGGCAAGCGAGAAACACAGGGAGAUGGUACAUGGCAGUUAAUUAGAAACAACAGCAACUCCUCUAUGGUUUUAUUUAACAAAUUAAUGCUAGUUUGUUGCAAGCCAGGAGCAUGUAGCCCAGGGGUGUAGGUAGGUAAGGAACUGGGUUUUGAGGGAAAGUUUGAAGCUUAACACUGGGAAAGAUGCAACGAAAAAGGACUGCCAUUCCUUGCAUAUGAAAAAAGACACAAACAGCUGGAACUCCCAGAAUUACUACACUUGUAUUAAUUCAGUUUACACUGUACCUAAGGAUUAAUGGCACAUUUGUCCAAAUCUUAGGAGAAGUGCAGUGUGGUCUCAUUGAGCUUUACUCUCAAGAAAAUAUGUAUAGGCGUAUAGGAUUGCAGCCUAAAGUUACUAUGUGUACUUUACCAGCUGGCACCUAUCACUAUAUUAUAGAAAGAGAAAAUACGGAGUGACAUUUACACAAUGAAAACAUUGUAUGUACUAUUUAUGAAUAAAGAGAGGGAAACGAUUCCAUUUACUCUUGCCACAGAGAGUUGGACACAGGAACUCCUAAGUCAAUAUCAAACUCUUGCUUCUCUGUGUGUUGCUUCUCUGUGUGUGCACAGUAACAGUUAAUCUGUGGAGUAAUGUAAACCUAUGAGGCCCAGAAUUUCAUGUGCAUCAGGAUUCUGGUUUUGCGCUCUUCCUUAUUUGAUAUCUGAAUAGCAGCCAUCUAAUCACACCUUUGUGUAUUGUGUUAGGGAAUUUCUAUUUGGCAGGGAGGAAUAGAGGAGGCUGAAGAUGUAUCACAUGUUUUACAGGUUACAGCCUGACUCUCUACAUUGCCUCUUUGAAAGGUUUUCCCACACAGUUAGGUUGUACUAUUUCCAGAAGUAUUAAAAGCAUGGUGAAACCGGUUUCUCAUAUCCAUCCUGGUAAUUGAAAUUUGGUGGCGGGGGGAGACAGUGAUCUUGGAAAGUAUCCUAAAAUAUCUGUGUCUUUGUAGAAUUACUAUUGAAGGGGAACUGAAGGAUUAAGAAGUAGAAUUUGAUUUUUGAUUGUUGAGCAAGAACUAGAAAAAAUAACAGGAGGGCGAAAGAGGAUGUCAAUUGGGAGAUAAGAAAUAACUCGGUGGCUUACAAAAGGAAGGCAGUGGUACGGUUAAAAAAAGGGUGAGGUAGACAGAGGGCAUAUUGGGAUCUACUGGCAAAUUGUGUGAGUUGCAGUAAUAAUAAUAAUAAUAAUUUAUUAUUUGUACCCCGCCCAUCUGGCUGGGUUUCCCCAGCCACUCUGGGCGGCUUCCAUAGAAACAAAAAAUACAGUAGAUCUGCAUGGGUUUCCAAUUCCCAAUUGUUUAACAAUAGCAACAGCAAAAUGACUUUUCCAUCUCAAUUAAACUGGUGAAAUGAAGAAAAGUUGAAGUAACUAGGACUAGUGCAAAAGAAAGUAAUCUCUUUUCUAGUACUGUAGUCCUAUGCAUGCAAACAACCGUUUUAUGUCUCUUGCACCUGACUCUGGUUGGUAGUAUUUUGAUUCUAGGAAGAGGCAAAAUAGAUUCAACAAGCCUGAACUCUGCCCACCUCUGAGUUGAAAGUCAAGCUAAUAAUUGCCUACAAAUGUUAGUACCACUGCUGCUAUCAUCAGUCUUUGAAAAACAUAUCUGCCUUAGCCAAGUGCUUUGUUGAAAUAACUAUGGAUGAGGUUGCACCACAGCUUAAGCUGUGUGAGAUUUGCGUCACACCUUGAAAUGGGUGGGAUACCCUUUUCUGCUUUGAGCAGUGAAUAAAUCUUUAUUUACAUGGCUGGUGUGGUGCUUUUUAGAUAGUCGUGAGUAUUACUACUGCUGGAAGAGUGCGUUGAUGUGAUGUUUUGGACCACAACUCCCAUCCUCUUGCAAUUUAAUUUAGGUAGUAUGGAACAAAGGUGGGUGAGGUUAGGCGAUAGCAAGUAGAACAGGAAAACUGAGGGUAUUUAUUCCUUCACAAAUCCUGCUUUUCUGCUUGAAAAAUUGCUCAAGGCACUUAACAAUUGUGUUUGCGUGUUUUUAAGUGAUUAUACAACUUUUUAAAAAAAUUACACAAUCGAAACAGACAAGCAGCAGGGCAGAUAAACAAGCCAAACAUGACAGAAUAAUAAACUUGACUAGAUUUCUUCUACCUUCACACUAUGAGACUGGAACAUCAGUCUUAAUUAAAAAAAAAUAAAAUCAGUCUGGUUUAGGAGAAGCUUUUGAAAUAAUUAAAUAAGUGAAGGGUUCUGUUCUCAAAGAAAUGGAUACCCUGCCCCACCCCCAUUUUCUUUUUUGGCCUGCUUCAACAACUUUUGACAAUGUGAAGGGGAAAGUUGUAAUUCUCUGCAAAGUACUUGCGAGUGAGGUCUGGCAUUGGAAAUACUGAACUAGAGAGAGAGAGGUUUGAACAAACAGAACUACUGUAUGUUUACAUUGAAGGGUGUAGACCAGGGGCCAGAUCCGGCCCAAUCGCCUUCUAAAUCUGGCCCGCAGACGGUCCGGGAAUCAGUGUGUUUUUACAUGAGUAGACUGCCCUUUUAUUUAUAACGCAUCUCUGGGUUUUUUGUAGGGCCUGCCUGGUGCUUUUGCAUGAGGAGAAUGUGUGCUUUUAUUUAAAAUGCAUCUCUGGGUUAUUUGUGGGGCUUAGGAAUUCGUUCUUUUUUUUUUUUCUUCAAAAUAUAGUCCGGCCCCCGACAAGGUCUGAGGGACAGUGGACCGGCCCCCUGCUGAAAAAGUUUGCUGACCCCUGGUGUAGGCCAGUGUGGGUGGUGCAUGUUCUAACUAGCCUUUAUUCAUACCCCGAAGCAUUGUGAGGAAUUUAAAUGGUGGCUCCAAGCUGCCCCGAGGUUGGGGCAAAGUUUUUCAACCUUUUUGGAUCCACAGCUCCCUUGACCAACUACAUUCCUUCUGCAGCACCCCUGUGGGGCUCAGGAGCUCAGUUACGUCACCCCUUGCCUGCAGAGCCAGCAGCCCCCUCACCCCUUUUCAAAUACCCUUCCUUGUGGAGUGUUUCCCCAGCCUCCUCUCCUUGGGAGUCCUCUGGACAGCCACUGCUGCCGCCCCUGGUCUCUGAGCUACCCCCCUGCCCACCCCAAAGAGAGGCGCCUCCUUACAUUGCCCCUCAGGGGCCUGGAAAGCACCCCCUGGCCAGCCCCAGAGGCACCAUUCACCUGGGGAGCUUGUAGCCAGGGCUGCAGCAACAAAUAGCCCCGUAAGCCUUUGGGAGGCAGAGAUAUGAGAGGGUAUCAGAGGAGGGAGGGAAUAAAAGCAGGACAGAGGCCAGUGUUGCCCGCGGCACCCCUGACCAUCAUUCAAGGCACCCCAGGGUGCCACGGCACCCUGGUUGAAAACCACUGGGUUAGGGGAACACUGAUGAUACAGCUCACCACUAGGUAACUCCAUUGGGGGCUGGUGAGUGUUCAACUGAUAUAGGAGGGACCCAGGGGCUGAAACUAUGCCAAAGACCCAGUCAAUGCUUCAGCCUGCCCAGAUUUAGCCUAUUAUUGUAAGGUGGGCAAACACGUGCACCACACUCACAGUAAUAAUAAUAAUAAUAAUAAUAAUAAUAAUAAUAAUAAUAAUUUAUUUAUAUCCCGCCCUCCCCAGCCAAAGCGGGGCUCAGAGCGGCUAAUAACAGUAAAACAAUACAGCAUUCUAAAAUCAAUUCAGUACCUUUAUGUUCAAGGUUUUAUCUUCUAUUCUGAAUAACCACAGUUCCUAUUUUAAUUCCUAAUGCCUCUAUUCCAUAAGGCUUAAAUGUUCAUAGUGCAAUCCUAUGCAUGUCUGCUCAGGAAUAGGUUCUGUUGAGUUCAGUAGGACUAGCCAUAAGUGUGUUCAAGGCUGCAGGCUUUCAGCCUUAGUUUUCUAAAAGUCUCCCUUGGCUAAUUUGUUCUGUUACCCAGUAGUUUCUACAAAUAGGAAGAUUUCCAGCUUAAAACCCCUGUGUUAAAACCUGAGCCCAUUGCUUUUUGCCAUCAUAUCUGCCCCCUCAAAAAACCAUUGGUAAAGUAUUUCUUACAUUGUUUUUGACAAGGUUAUAGAUAUUUAAUAUUUACCCCCAAAAUUAUACUGCUGAAUAUAAUAAAAAUGCACCACAUCCUCUGCUGCUCAGCAAAACUCCAUUCACUUUGGUCUUUCAUGUACCAUGCACUGUUUUAAAGGAGCAAAUAAGGUUAUCAACCUGCGUCUUAGAAACAUUUUGUAGUUGUCCAUUUCCACAGACACAUAGCAGGGUUAAACCUUAGGUUGAAAGUUUCUAUGUUCGUAAAUAUUUAGCGUAUAUAAAGUGCUUUGUGGAAUUCAGUCUCUGUUUUGAAGAUCUUUAGUCUGAGAUUUCUUAUCUAGAGGAAACGCGAUAUUUAAAUAAAUAUCUCUAAACAGGCUGUGCUUUGCAGCGUGCUUAACAGUGAGUGGUUUAUUGUUUCAGUGGAAUGCGUAGCAUAUUGCUAGUUACACAAUUUCUGACACGUCACUUGUCUUAAAGGCGGUGUUAGGUACAGCAUAGCAUCAAAAGUGCUUUUCUGUGUGCAAGGUACUUAAGUGUCCACAUGAGAAAUCGGUCUUUUGGAGUCACCUCUUGACUUAGAAAAACGUUUUCCCUACAAGAAAAUGAAAUCAUUUUGCAUAUGCUACAAAGCUUGGUGUUUGCUGAAGAAGAACGACAGCAAGCAAAAUUGGCAUAUAGCAAGCUGAUGCUACACAAAACUUGGAAAUCUAGUGCUUUCUUCUAAGACAGCUUGGGAAGAAAAUGUGGCAUGGAACUUAUCAACUGAUACCUGAUGGGUUCUUCUCCAGCAAGGUUGACUGAAUAAUUCUAUGUGCCUAACAUUUCAGUUUUUGAAAUGGCAGAAAACGGAGAGAAGAUUAUACUUGAAGUUAGUAUAUCUCUAUGGUUUGUUUUGGUUUUUUUAACCAUUUUCUACCGUAUAUGUUUUUAUUAAGCAUGCUCUUAAGAAAAUACAUAACAGUGCUGAAUAUGUUGGGAGUUUUCUUGUUGGCUGAACUCUUAAUGGGGGUGAGGAUCCAAAGAGCGACUUCUGGUAUGCCAAAGGAAUUAGGUAUGUCAGAUAAAUUUUUCCCCCCUCCCUUCAAAUAAUAGAUCUGCAUGCUAUAUUGCAAACCACUUUUGAAAAUCCCCUUAGUUUCAAAAGUAGUUUGUAUGCAGCAUAGUUGUUUUUCUCUUUGAUUACCAUAAGCCCAAAAUCUACUUGAACAUGCAGAAUUAGUCCUGAGCCAUUUAAGGCUUUAUAGGUCAAAAGCAGCACUUUGAAUUGGGCCCAGAAACUACCGUAUUUUUCGCUCUGUAGGACACACUUUUUCCCCUUCAAAAAUGAAGGGGAAAUGUGUGUGCGUCCUAUGGAGCGAAGAUGCCAUAGCCCUGCGACCCUCUCCCGGCUGGAGAGGUGACGCGCGGCUAUUGAGGCUCCUGCCAUAGCGGCGCGUCACCUCCCCAGCCGGGAGAGCGCGCGCGGGGCUAAAGAAGCCAUAGCCCUGCGACCCUCUCCCGGCUGGAGAGGUGACGCGCGGCUAUGGCAGGAGCCUCUCCGCUGCGCCUUUCCGCUGCUCCCUGACCUGCUCUUUGGGGCUGGUGGUGGGCUUCCCCCCGCCAGCCCCAAAGAGCAGGUUGAAAGGAACCUGAAGCCUGGAGAGCGAGAGGGGUCAGUGCACACCGACCCCUCUCACUCUCCAGGCUUCCAAGGUAGCCGCCUGAAUGCACCUUAAACGGCACCUUGUUUUAGAGCGGGAAAACAAGAGGGGGAAAGUUCUCCCCCUCUCUGUGCAGCGCCUCCUGCUGCUUCACUGAAGGGGCGCUGGGCAGAGAGGGGGAAAUUUUUUUUUCUUGUUCUCCCCCCUCUAAAACAAAGUGCGUCCUAUUGUCCGGUGCGUCCUAUGGUGCGAAAAAUACGGUAAUUGGUAGCCAGUGCAGUCGAACCAGGAUCGGUGUACUAUGCUCAAACUGUCUUGCUCCAAUGAGCAACCUGGCCGCUGAAUUCUACACCAGCUGAAGUUUCCGAACCGUCUUCAGAGGCAGCCCUACGUAUAACGCAUUGCAGUAAUCUAACCUUGAGGUUAUCAGAGCAUAGACAACAGUAGUUGGGCUAUCCCUAUCCAGAUAAGGGCGUAGCUGGGCCACCAGCCGAAGCUGGUUUGACAUAAAAGUUGAGAAACUUGUCGUUCAGGAAAAACAGCCACCUGUCUUCUAUUGGACUUGUUUAUUAGGCAUAGUUAGCAGCUCGUAUGUUAAGGUAGUUCAUGAAAAUUUAAAUCAGUAUUUCUUUCUGGCUUGUAUUUUGUUUAGUUGUUCAGAUGUUAUACAAAUAUAAAAUGCGUGCAGGAGAAUUCUAAGAACAGUUAGACGUGUUCUUUUCACUUCCAAGACAUUUGUGCAAAACUCAAAAUGCUGGUCAAUGUGAAAUACAGCUGUCUUUGAAUUGAAAUGUUACAAAUGUACAAAUUCAUUUAUGUCUUGCCCUAUCCCAGAGUGUCAGGAUGCCUGUGCUCCUUCCUGUGGGCUUAUUCCUAUCUUAUUCCCUUACAGCUAUUUCUCCUAAUUCGUGAACAGUUUUUUUAAAAAACCCCGCAGAUAAUCGUUCUCAUUCCCUUUUGUCCUAGUCAGAUUUGCAUUUAUUCACCUAAGUUUCCAUAAGCAACUCAUACAGUUUCAUGAAAUAACGCUUUCUGAGCUCUCCCGCUUUCAUUUGACACUGAAAUCAAGGCUGGGUCUGUUCCCAAAUCAUCCUCUUCUUGGGUACCAGGCAUCCAUUAGGUUCCAAAGUGUGGCAUCAUCUACAAUAGAAAAGGUGUAAAGAAAAGGUGAAAUUGGUCACCUAGCUGUAAAUGGAGAGUCACCUAGCUGUAAACUUCCUUCCUUCCUUCUAGUCUUUGUGACAGCUACUACCACUUUGUGGUAUAAUCCUCUAUCCCAAACUUUGGUUUUCAGCUCUAAAUCCACAUUGCUCCGGAAAAUACAAGGCAAGAACCCAUCAGAUAUUUUUCUCUGAAAUGUCAUUGGGAAAUAAGCAUUGUGGGACAUUAAGUUCACAUUUGACUAAGACUGCAGUAUUUAGUUGAUCGAUAUAUUAAUCAGUUAAAAAAACAUUUUGGUCAAGCAAAAAGUUGCUGGUUGUCUGGGCAGCAGAUUAAAUUUUUUUUAUUAUUUUAAUAUUUGCUUAGAAAAAGCACAAGUAUUGGGUGCCAUCCUAAAAUAACAUUUUUUUUGUCCUAAAGUGCCACAGUAGUAGUAUACUUAGUUUCAUAUAUAUAUCUCAAAUCAGUUUACAAAACUUAGUAAAAACCAUUAAGAACAGUGUAAAAAAAAUAAGAAAAGAUGAAUUUAAAAAACAAUACAAAACAGACACCCGUGGCAGAGAUCUGUUUAGCCAACUGGGAAAGCUUGUUGGAGCAAAAAGGCAUUUUAAUUGCUUCUGGAAAGUACAAAUAGUGGGAGGCAUUUAUCGCAUCUGGGAUUUCUUUUCUGGGUUACCAAAAUAAGAGGCUAUUCAGCAUGCUUGACUGGCUAGCAGGUAACAGGAGCUCAUAAUUUCCUGCCCUCCGAGCCAAUGUGGACAGGACAGGUUAAACAGCUUGGGCGAACAUCUAUUAUUAUUAUUAUUAUUAUUAUUAUUAUUACUAUUAUUUAAAUUUGUAACCGGUAAUUCCCUCUCCCACAACACAUUUAAGGGCAUCGUAUGUUAACCAGCCAAAAUUGUCUCAGGCCCUCUCUUCAGGCUGUCAUAGCAUCCCAUACACCCACCCCACUACUGAUAAGAGGCCAUUGGAGAACGCACAGAGGAACAUUUUUUGCAAGCCUCCCUCUGCCCCAGACCCUCCAAGUGUCCUUAUUUUCUAGGGACAGUCCUGGAUUUACAGAAGCCAUCCAGGUUUCUGAUUUGAUCCUGGAAUGUCCCGUUUUUCCUUGUUGUUGUUGUUUAGCCAUUUAGUCGUGUCCAACUCUUCGUGACCCCAUGGACCAGAGCACACCAAGCACUCCAGUCUUCCACUGCCUCCCACAGUUUGGUCAGACUCAUGUUUGUAGCUUCGAGAACACUGUCCAACCAUCUCGUCCUCUGUCCUCCCCGUCUUCUUGUGCCCUCAAUCUUUCCCAACAUCAGGGUCUUUUCCAGGGAGUUUUCUCUUCUCAUGAGGUGGCCAAAGUAUUGGAGCCUCAGCUUCACGAUCUGUCCUUCCAGUGAGCACUCAGGGUUGAUUUCCUUAAGAAUGGAUAGGUUUGAUCUUCUUGCAGUCCAUGGGACUCUCAAGAGUCUCCUCCAGCACCAUAAUUCAAAAGCAUCAAUUCUUCGGCGAUCAGCCUUCUUUAUGGUCCAGCUCUCACUUCCAUACAUCACUACUGGGAAAACCAUGGCUUUAACUAUACGGAUCUUUGUUGGCAAGGUGAUGUCUCUGCUUUUUAAGAUGCUGUCUAGGUUUGCCAUUGCCUUUCUCCCAAGGAGCAGGCCCGCUUUUCCUUAGGACGUCUCUAUUUCCAUCAGAGAAAUGUUGGAGGCUGUGAAGUUAUGCUAUCCCCCACCCACGCAAACCAAGGAGAUAAGUCACUAGAAGACAUCUGAAGGCAGCUCUGUAAAGGGAAGUUUUAAAAAUAAUUCUAGGUUUUUUAUAUUUGUCGGAAGCCACCCACAGUGGCUGACGCAACCCAGUCAAAUAGGUGGGGUAAAAUGAUGAUGAUGAUGUCCUUGUUUCCAUCGGAGAAAUGUUGGAGGCUAUGGAGUUAUGCGACCUCCCCAUGCCAAGGAAAUAAGUCACUAUGCAGCCUUUAGAAGACAUCAGAAGGCAGAAAGAGAAGUUUUUAAAAUGUUUUUUUUUUUAGGUUUUUUAUAUUUGUUGGAAGCCACCCACAAUGGCUGGGGAAACCCAGUCAAUUGGGUGGGGUAUAAAUAAAAUUAAUAAUAAUAAUACAGUAAUGAUAAUAAUUUAUUUAUACACCGCCCAUCUGGCCGGGCCUCCCCAGCCACUCUGGGCGGCUUCCAACAAAAUACUAAAAUACAAUAAUGCAUCAAACAUUAAAAGCUUCCCUAAACAGGGCUGCCUUCAGAUGUCUUCUAAAAUAAUGUCCCUAUUUUCAUCAGAGAAACAUUGGAGGGAAUGCUGCCCUCUUGAGAGUGGAGGAGCUACACAAGCCCAGUGAGCUCCAUGCUCUUCCCCUUCCUGUCUUGGGGGCAGAGAAGGAGGAAGCUGAGAAGGCUGGAAGUUGGCCUGUCUUCCCUGUCAAAAUGGCACCCAGCAGCAACCAGCCCCUUAGAGAGCGUUGAAUGAAGGCUUUGUACCCAGAGAAGCUCUUCUUUCCUGACUUUUAAUUUUUGUUACUUUGGCAUCAUUGCAAAAGCAGUGUUGCAGCUCAUGCCAGCUUUAGAGGCAGAGCAGGCACCAGCCUCCUCUGCUGAGCAUCUCUCUCAUCCUCUUACGAGAGGCAGUCCUGGACCGUGGCAAGAGGGAAGCACCAUGGGGCCUAGCCUGGGAGGGACCAGUGCAAUGGAGAAGGUUAGCAAGUCCCCGUUUCCCACCUCUCCCGGUGGCAAGCAACUUCGCCUCUCUGUUAUGGGGUAAAGAGCUGGAAUGGGGUAAGAGCCAAACGGCCUGACGGAGGAACGAGCAAAGCCGAGAUAGAUGGCAGCUUCUCUUUCCACGCUCCGAGUUUCUUUCCAUGAAGGUUUUAUCGAGGGUUAAUAAGUAGCUAAAAGGUCCAGUCAUGACCGACUCUGGGGUUGCAGUGCUCAUCUCGCUUUACUGGCUGAGGGAGCUGGCGUACAGCUUCCGGGUUACGUGGCCAGCAUGAUUAUGCCGCUUCUGGCAAACCAGAGCAGUGCACGGAAACGCCGUUUACCUUCCCGCCGGAGCGGUACCUAUUUAUCUACUUGCACUUUGACAUGCUUUCGAACUGCUAGGUUGGCAGGAGCAGGGACCGAGCAAUGGGAGCUCACCCCGUCACGGGGAUUCGAACCGCCGACCUUCUGAUUGGCAAGUCCUAGGCUCUGUGGUUUAACCCACAGCUCCACCUGCGGGCCUCCCAAAAAGCUUGUCACCCACACAGACACCCACAAUAUCCUGAAAACUGGCCUUUCUCUUCCUAUAAGAGGAGCCUAGAGAACUCCUGAACUUCUGACCAAGAAGAAACUAUAGUAUUAUAGAGUUGAAAGGGCCCACAAUGUGGCGUUCAAACCCAAAACCCUGAGUUUAAGAGACUUGUGCUCUUCCAACUGAGCUACUUCUUCUCAGACCUAUGUAGACACUCUCAAGCCCAGAAGACUUUAAUAAUAAUAAUAAUAAUAAUAAUAAUAAUAAUAAUAAUAUUUUAUUUAUAUCCCGCCCUCCCCAGCCGAAGCCGGGCUCAGAGCGGCUAACAACAAUGAGAAAAGUUUGAAAAGAUGUCGGGGUGGGGAAUUGUAAGGGCCAAGCAAAAUUGUUAUUUUAAAUAUAAAUUUGAGAAACUGCUUUGCUGAGUGAUUGCCCCCAUGUUGGAGGCUAACUUCAUGCGAUGUUAACAAUAUAAUUAGUUAUAUAAUAACUUUCUGUGGCUUUAUGGUAUGGCUUUAUGUUUUUGUUGCUGUAAACUGCUUUGCUGUAUAUAUAUUUAUGAUACAGCAGUAUACCAAUUUUUUAAAAAGAAAUACAUAAAUACCUUAUGAGGGCCGACGAAAAUGUCACAACAUUUUGGCAAGCUUGCUCUUUGUAAGGUGAAAAAAGCUGGUUUAAUGUCAAGUGAAGGAUGUCAGCUGGAGACAAAAUAAGAAAGGAAGCGGUAUGGGAGGGGGAAUUAUGGACAUAUGCUUGCAACAGGAGCAGGAAACCUGAUUUUAAGAAAUUGUAUUAAAUUUAAGUAAUUUGGUUUGAUUUGUUACAAUUUGGAAAAAUAAUUAAAUAAUUAAAACCUUUUGGCAAGCUUGUGAGUUCUGCACAACUCUUCAUCAAACAUGGAUGGGGGGGGUGGAAUGAGAAAAGUUUUGGGGGGUUUUUUAAGUACAAAAAAAUUGUGAUAUUAGAGCCAUAAGGUCAGAGGUGUAGGCUCUGUUCCGAGAUAGAGAUGGCAGCCAGAAUAAGUUUCUCUCAGGUGCUACACCCCAAAGAGCAAUAGCUCUCUAUUGUGGGAUGAUAAAUCCUGACAUGUAACCCGGAUCUGCCUUGUACCUUAAACAAAACAAUCAGAUUCCAGGAUAAGUAGAAAGCAGAAGUAAAGAAAAACAGGGGCGUCUUUAUCUUGGUGAAAUUAGAGGUUAAGUUUGAAUAAUGUACUAGUUAAGAGAGAAGCAAAAUAGUGCAGUAUAGCCUAGUUGCUGAUGGAGAUGUAACCCUCAAAAGUCAAAGUGUUUGUAUCCUGAAUCAGGGAUAAGAGGGUUGUGUCCAACUAAAUUCUACUCAAAUCAGACCCAUUGAAAUUAAUUGGGAGUGGGUUCCUUUUAUGAUCUGAUCAUGCAGUUGUAAACACCAGCUAAUUGGCACUGAAGGCUACCAAGUUAGUGUUCCUGGCCUUCCAGGAUAGCAUUGCAGGUCUUUUCAUUUCUUUGGGUACCAUGUCUCCAAAUGCCUGUGUUGAUCCCCAGAGAAACUUAAAUUUUGUUCUGCUGCAACAGGAAGCCAGCAAGGUCAUUGUCAAAGUAUAGAUGCCUUUGACAACCUUUCAAGUAAUCUGUAGAAGUUACCUCAGCAGACUGAGGGGCCUAUGUGGUGAGCCUGAGAGUGGAUUCCUCUCCCUCAUUGAUUCCAGAAGAUUAAAUUUGGAUAUAGCUGUCCAUGGCCCCCAGCCUGGCUCUGACAAUUUGUAUAGCUUUCUUGUGUAUUAAGGGCACGAUGCAACUCUUGUGCAACCCUAAUAAAGUCUACAUUUGGGGGGAGAGUACGCUCCAAAGUCUGCUUUAUUAACAGUAUGCUCCUGUUAGUAUGGAACUACAUGAGACAACAUCAGGCCCAAAUAUUCAUGCGCACACAGCACUCUAGUGAAGUUGUAUGUCAGACCCUCAAAGUGUCCCUAUUUCCCAGGGACAGUCCUGGAUUUACAGAAGUUUUCUAAUUUGAUCCUGGAAUGUCCCACUUUUCCUUAGGACGUCCCUAUGGAGGGUAUGGUUAUGUGUCCCCCCCCCCCAAAGCGAUAAGUAACUUUACAACCUUUCAAAGAUAUCUGAAGGUGGCCCUGUAUAGAGAAGAUUUAAAUUAAAAAAAAGUUUAAUGUUUUAUUAUGUUUUCAUAUAUGUUGGAAGCCUCCCAGAGUGGCUUGGGCAACCCAGUCAGAUGGGUAGGGUAUGAUGAUACUACUACUACUACUACUACUACUACUACUACUGAUGAUUGAGGAUGGAAUAGGGCAUCCCUAUUUUCAAUGGAGAAAUGUCGGCGGGUAUGGUAUGUGUGUAAAUGUGACUAUCAGUGGGGGAAGGAGAGGCGCUGAAACCUUCAGAUACAGAAGAAUAGCCGCCAGCUCUUGAAAAAUCAUGAUGACAUUCUAAAGGAGUGUAAAAGAGUAGGUUGUGGUUUCUUUUUACACAGUUUUGACUUUUUAAUCAGCUUUUGCUGUGCCCCGUUUUCAAAUGGGGAACCUGUGGCCAGACCACUGUUCUUGGACUACAACUCACAUCAACCCCAUAGGGAAGGAUGAUGGGAACUGUAGUCUAGGUUCCCUAUUCCUGCUUUGACAUUCAGUGCUUGGUCUUUUCCAUAGAUUUCACCAGCAGUGGAAUUAUUCACUGCCACACAGACUGUUUUGUUCCGGCAGGCUUUCUGUUAGUGUUGGCAUUUGAAGUGGACUCUGUUACUUCCUUGCUGUGCUGCUUUGAUUGUUUUAUUGCAUGAUGAAUGUUGUUGGCUGCACUGAAUGCUACUUUAGUAAGUGGAAGGGCAGGUUAUAAAUCCGAAUCACCCAUCUGUUAGUUAAUUUGUAAAAUAAACAUCCCAUGUACACCCCUCCUUAGUAACAUGGGGUGGUUUUUUUUUAACUACCUGCUGAUUUGUGGGUAUUUAUAUAGUUUAAAAAGACACAUUUGUUUUUCUUAACUGUCUUCAAAAUGCUUCCUGAUUUUGAGUAGCUUGAAGUUUUUUUGGGGGAAUUGACAGGCUGCUCAAAGAAAAACCCACUGAGUAAUAGUCCUUAAAGCAAGUGGCAACAGCCAAAGUAAGCAAAAACAAGGUAUUGUUCUGUUGUAUUGGCUCAGCGCUGCCACUACAGACCAUUUGUUCUACCUGUAAUGCAGUGGCUUCAUUUAAAAAAACUUGGUUCUUUACUCCUUGACUUCAGAGACUUCUUUUUGUACUGAAAGCAAUUCCUAAACAAGCUUCAAUAUAUUAUUUUACUCAGUAAUCCCUGUUUUACAUUUGAUAUAUAUGUUUUCUUUUCUUUUUCCCCCCAGGAAAGCGAUAGUCAAGCUAUGUCUACCAACUUAAAAUACCUUUCCUUGGGGAUUUUGGUCUUCCAGACAACUAGCUUGGUUUUGACUAUGCGGUAUUCAAGGACACUGAAAGAAGAAGGACCUCGUUAUCUAUCUUCGACUGCAGUGGUUAUUGCUGAGCUUUUGAAGAUCACAGCCUGUAUUUUGUUGGUUUACAAAGACAGCAGUAGGUGUCUGCUAUUUGUUUGUUGGUUUAUUAUGAGGGGGUUAAUACUUUUUUCGAUACAAGGUGGGACCUUUAGCAAAAUAUUGCAUUGUAUCCUCCCUCCUAAAUGAAAUGUUCCUGUUCAGUGUUGCAGGGACUCAUCUCCCUAAAAAAGAAAAUUCCACUCCUCUUCCCACACCUACCUGUCUUUUGUUUCCCCCAACUGUACUCCACAACUACUGAGCAUGCUCAGACCUCAUUGGGCUGUUUUUUUUUUGGGGGGGGGAGCAGUUUGGCCUCUUAAUCUUUUUUGUGCAUGUAUAAAAAAAAUAAAAAAUUCCACGUCUUGUAAACCUCAGGCUUUCCCAUCCACAGUUAUAAUCUUCUUCUUGUUUCUUGGUGGUCCCGUUUUUGCUACAAUUCUGUUGCCACUCACCACCUGAAUUAACUACAGUAUUAGAAAUGUAUGGAAUUGUAUUUUGGACACAGCAACAACUUCUUCAUUUUGCUGCCAGUGUUCCUAGUGCUGAAGAGACGAGUUAGAUGUCUUCAUCAGCAGGAACUAGAUAUUGCUAUAUCUUAAUUGGGACAAACCAUUGUCAGCUUUGCACAGUUAUGCAAUGAAGACGCCGCAGAAAACCCAUUGCUGUAAAUGGACAUUAACUACAUAGCUAUGCAAAUUUUUGCUUAGGAAUGCCAUGUUUAAAAGCAAAGCUCUAAAAGUUUUUAGCAAAAAAAGCUCGUUAUAAUUAAUAGGCCACACUAAUCUGUUUUUAAACUUACAAAGAAUUUAUUAUCCUCUCUUUUUGCAUAGAGUGCAAUUUACGAUCUCUGAACAGAGUGUUGCAUGAUGAAAUCCUUAAUAAGCCUAUGGAGACACUUAAACUGGCUAUUCCUUCUGGGAUUUACACACUACAGAAUAAUCUCCUGUAUGUUGCCUUGUCAAACCUAGAUGCAGCCACUUACCAGGUAUGGUAUGCUUUUGAGGAGUUUGCUGUUGUUUGUUUGUUUGUUUUUAAAAUUGCACACAAAUAAUGAGUCAUUAAUCAAAAGUCAUCUUGAUUUGGUCUUUUCAGGUCACGUAUCAGCUGAAAAUUCUUACCACUGCGUUAUUUUCUGUGUCCAUGCUCAGUAAGAAAUUAGGUGUGUAUCAAUGGCUUUCAUUAGUGAUUUUGAUGGCUGGAGUUGCAUUUGUACAGGUAAAUAUUAACAUAAACAUACUCCUGAAUAUUAAAAGUGUAGAUCUUAUUUGCUUUACUACUUAAUACCUGGGGUAGUAUCCAGUGAUUUUUUUAAAAAAAAUGUUUAGGGGUACUCUCAUUAUCCUACUCAUAUUAAAAUACUGCUCCUCAAUGAGGCCGAACUUAGAUUCACAAAAUGUUUAGGGGUAUGUGUACCCCUGCAUCUCCCCAGAAAAAAAGCACUGGUAGUAUCCAAUGAAGGACUUUUGGCUGCACAGUGGAACAUCCCUUCCUUCUCUCCCUCUGUGCCCCCUAAAUCUGUUCUGGGAGGAUUUUUUUUUAUUGAUAUGUAUAAAUGAGAGAAUAGGGGUGGAAUCCAUAUUAAAUGUUGAUUCCCAGAUCAGUUUAUCCCUUGACUUCAGAUGCUGUCAGCUGAGAAAUGAGACAAUACAGAGUACAGUGGUACCUUGGGUUAAGAACUUAAUUCAUUCUGGAGGUCUGUUCUUAACCUGAAACUGUUCUUAACCUGAAGCACUGCUUUAGCUAAUGGGGCCUCCCGCUGCUACAGCGCUGCCACCACGCGAUUUCUGUCCUCAUCCUGAAGCAAAGUUCUUAACCCGAGGUACUAUUUCUGGGUUAGCGGAGUCUGUAACCUGAAGCGUCUGUAACCCGAGGUACCACUGUACAAGACACAAAAUCAUAGCCCCAGUAAAAUAUCAAAGAAGAUCCAAGAGACUUUAAAACAUUUAAAUAUUUGGGCACUUGCUUGGUAAUAAAUGUAUUGGUGCCUUCUAGGAACAUGUUCAGAAGGGUGUUUUAAGAUUGGCCAGGAAGGAGUCUCAUAAUAAGAUAUAUUGUGUGUUCUCUAUUCUGCUGAUAAAAACUGUUGUAAAAGAACACAUGAAGGAUAGUUUUGACAUGUUGCCUACGGACUGAGCCCCACUAAUAAUGGUGUUUCUUUCCGGGAUCAUGCACAUUUGCACAGUCUUCCUAAGCCAACGUUUGGCUUGGCAUGUUGUGUGAAGCAGAUCAAUAGGUGCAACAGAACCUCGGGAUCCAUUUCAUGUGUUUGAACUUGGUUGCAAUGAAGUUGGGCAAACUCUUUUCUUUGUGUUCGUGUCAAAAAAUCCAUAAUUGGAUAGUAAAGGCAAAGGGACCCCUGACCAUUAAGUCCAGUCGUGACCGACUCUGGGGUUGCGGCGCUCAUCUCGCUUUAUUGGCCGAGGGAGCCGGCGUACAGCUUCCAGGGCAUGUGGCCAGCAUGACUAAGCCGCUUCUGGCAAACCAGAGCAGUGCACGGAAACGCCGUUUACCUUCCCGCUGGAGCAGUACCUACUUGCACUUUGACGUGCUUUCGAACUGCUAGGUUGGCAGGAGCUGGGACCGAGCAACGGGAGCUCACCCCGUCGCGGGAUUCGAACCGCCGACCUUCUGAUCGGCAAGUCCUAGGCUCUGGGGUUUAACCCACAGCGUCCCCCGCACCCCCCAUAAUUGGAUAUUAAUUGGCAAAAGAGGAAUAAAGAAAUAGAACACAAUUGCAAUCAGUUCUUUUGUCAAUAAACGUCCCUCCCUGGAUCUCUGCUUGUGAUUCAUUCAUCAAAUAUACCUUAAGGGUGCACUGAACUCCUGAUUAAUUGAACAUUGAUAAGCAGAUGGUGAUGCUGCAGAGCAACAUGGGCCAAAUGUUCACAACUCUUUUGGGCACUGUUUAAUAAUCUUGUUAUUUUGGAAGGAAGUAGCAGAAUAAAUACUGCCCUAAACAUAUUUCACAUGUUCAAUUUAUGCAUGCUGUUCUGGGAUAUGAUCCCGAGAUAUAGGCCAUGUCACCACUAAAUGUACCUAGCUCUUUAGGGGCACCACUUACAAAACAUAGAAUUCAGUGCUCCCAGUGUUCAACAUCUCUUGAAGGACUUGCUGGAUUAGUUGUUUUAUUAUUAUUAUUAGUAGUAGUAGUAGUAGUCGUAGUAGUAGUAGUAGUAGUAGUAGUAGUAGUAGUAUUCCCUGCACAUCUGGCUGGGGUUCCUCAGCAACUCUGGGCGGCUUACAGCAUAUAUAAAACAUAGUAAAACAUCAAACAUUAAAAACAUCCCAAUACAGGACUGGCUUCAGAUAUCUUCUAAAAUUUGUGUAGUUUUUUUAUCUCCUUGACAUCUGAAGGGAGGGCAUUCCACAGGGAGGGCGCCACUACUGAGAAGGCCCUCUGCCUGGUUAGAUAACACAAAAACAGCAUUUAAUAAAAUAGUAAACCUGAGAAACCCCCCAAAUGCUUCAGAAGACUGGGUUAAGAACUAGAUGUUUUUAUUAGCAUGCAUUACAGCACAAUUCUGUUUGUGUUUGUUUGGAAACAUGGCUCUCUGUAUUCAGUAAGGCUUAGUCUCAGGUAAACAUGCUUAACCUUGCAAAUGUGCAGCCCAGUCCAAAGCAUGUUUUCUCGGAAGUCACAAUUAAGUGUCCACAGGGUUGCAACCUUGAGCUACCAGCACAUGCAAACUUAUAUGAGAGUUUGUCUCAUUGAGAUACGUAGGACUGGCUUCUGCAUAAACAUCAGGGCAGCCUGAAUAUGUUUAGAGCCACAAACCUAAAAGUUGCCCAAACAAAAUGGUGGGCAUUAAUUUGGGCGGAAAUAUUUAUAUUUUUUAAAUGUGAAGGACUAUGCCUAGGCAUGGAACGCGGGUGGUGCUGUGGGUUAAACCACAGAGCCUAGGACUUGCCGAUCAGAAGGUCAGCGGUUCGAAUCCCCGCAAUAGGGUGAGCUUCUGUUGUUUGGUCCCUGCUCCUGCCAACCUAGCAGUUCGAAAGCACGUCAAAGUGCAAGUAGAUAAAUAGGUACCACUCUGGCGGGAAGGUAAACGGCGUUUCUGGGCGCUGCUCUGGUUCGCCAGAAGUGGCUUAAUCAUGCUGGCCACAUGACCCGGAAGUUGUACGCCGGCUCCCUCGGCCAAUAAAGCGAGAUGAGCGCCGCAACCCCAGAGUCGGUCAUGACUCGACCUAAUGGUCAGGGGUCCCUUUACCUUUACGCCUAGGCAUGCAACUUUUAAAGGGAAUUUUUAAAAACCCAAUUCUAUUGUCAGUACAGUUUGAUUCACUGCAAACUUGGAAUGCCAUCAAUAGCUGCUUAUGGGUAUAAAGAUGUGAAUAAGGACUAAACAAGAGCUGGAUCAGAAAUGUUUCUGGUAUUUCAUUGCCUCUUUUCGUUUCCUGUCAGCAAGAACAAAGCACAAACUUCUGCGCUAUGUUAAAUUAUAUUUGGCAACUUGCGGUACGAUUUUAAUAUACAUGUUUUAUUUUGCUUGUUUCCUUUAGUGGCCAUCAGAUUCACAAGAAGCAGCCACUAAAGAACUCUCAGCAGGAUCACAGUUUGUGGGCCUGAUGGCAGUACUUAUAGCCUGCUUUUCAAGCGGAUUUGCUGGAGUGUAUUUUGAGAAAAUCUUGAAAGAAACAAAACAGUCAGUAUGGAUCAGGAACAUUCAGCUGGGUGAGUCUUGUCUCGAGAAAAAGACAGAACGGAGAUUCAGAUUUCCAGCAGAAUCUAAUCAGAGUACCUCAACAUGCUUUUGUGUAAUUAAAUUGUUACAGAAGCAUAUGCCAAAUUUGCCAUUAACUUGCUAACAGGAACUCUAAACGCUGCAUCCUGUUCGGAAUACAAUUGUUGUUCAUUUAACGUCUGAGUCAGCUUGUUUUGUUUGAUUUGAUAUCAUCUAAUGGGUGCUAAAUACAGUGGCUGAGAUCCAAACCACAGUGCAACUAAAAUUCUCUUUUAGGGGAUUUUUUAAUGCUUUGUCAUUUUCCACGAGGGUUCUCUGUUUAAAGAUUAAAAAGUCAAACACUCUGUCUGAAGUGUCGCAAGUUCACGGGCAAACCUAAGAUAAGUCUUUGGAUCCUGGCUCAUGUAUUGUACUAGAACUAGAUUAAAUUUUGACUGCAUGUUUCGAAUUUAAAGCAUAAUCUUAAUGUGGCAGUUAGUUAUGCCUUUAUUUUAAAAAUAAACUGGGAAUAUCAUGUAUCCUGCAAACAUUUUCUUGAUGAAUACUUAAAUCCCUCCCCCCAUGUCUGUAAUAGAAUUGUGUAAUAAAAACACACAUGAAUUCCUUCUGUUUAAAACAAAAUAUAUCAUUUCUCAACAACUGAUUACAGGAUUAUGGACUGCCAUUUUAAAAAUAUGAUUGCAUGUAUAUUUGUAGAGAUAUAUUAUGAACCUGUAGAAAAGCUCCUCUCCAGUUCAUAGGUUAGAUCUGAAUUGACUGUACAAUUGUGCUAUGAGACCUCAUGUUAGCAGUUGAAUCCAUCCUUAUUAAUUUUGCUAAUUGCCUUUCUCCUAAAUGCACUCAAGGCAGCAUUGAAAAAUCCAGUAUUGGUUACACAGUAAAAUAACUAUAACAGUAAAAUGUAACUGCAAUUUUUUUUAAAGCACAGGAAAACAGAAAUGCAUUUACAGUAUGAUUGCAUUUUGCAAGGGGGUUUGGUUCCAAGGGUUCAGCAGACACAGAAAAAUGCAUAUAUAUUCAAAUUCUUGGAACUGUCCCCACACGAGCAUCCUGGGCAUUCUGGAGCCCAUGCACUGAGAAAGACAGAGAAUUUUAAAGCAGAUCUUAAAAAGUGGGGAGGCCCAUAUUUUUAUUCUGUUUAUUUAUUUUAAACUGUUUACGCCAGCUUUCUUCACAAGCAACAAUUGGCGCACCGCUUUCCUGUAACAAAUCCUCCCAAAGCAGCUAAUAAUAAUAAUAAUAAUAAUAAUAAUAAUAAUAAUACCCUGCCCAUCUCGCUGGGGUUCUCCAACCACUCUGGGCAGCUUCCAACAAAGAUUAAAAAUACAUUAAAACAUCAGUCAUUAAAAACUUCCCUGAACAGGGCUGCCUUCGGAUGUCUUCUAAACGUCAGAUAGUUGUUUAUCUCUUUGACAUCUGAUGGGAGGGCGUUCCACAGGGCGGGUGCCACUACCAAGAAGGCCCUCUGCCUGGUUCCCUGUAACUUCACUUCUCGCAGUGAGGGAACUGCUAGAAGGCCCUCAGCGCUGGACCUCAGUGUCCAGGCAGAAUGAUGGGGGUGGAGAACUCCUUCAGGUAUAUAAAACAGAAAAGCAAUGAGCAAUGAAACAGUUUGUAGCUAAUAAAAAUGCAAAAACGUAGGCUCAAAAUGAAGAACUCGUAGCUUCAGAGCAAAAUAGCCUUUUCAAAAGGGGAAACUUUUAAAAGCAACAGACUCACAAACUAAAAGCUUGCUUUAAUAAAUACAUUUUCAAAUCUAAGGGGAAAGACAUUCCUUUUGACAGAUAUGCUGUGAGCAUGUUGUUUAGGGCUUUAAAUAUCAUAAUAUCCUGCUCCGGGUGGGUGCCAGUUUCAACUGUCACGGGCUGAAUACCAUGCCCAGGGUGGCGAGCAGUCAUGUUCCAGCGGCCAGCUGGCAUAAAUUCCCUGGCAAGCCACACUGCAGGGCAGAACAGCCCACCAAGUCUAAAGCUCAAACUGCCCAAUCAUGGGCAAUCAAUAGGGUGACGCUUGGUUGGUGGACCUGGGCGAGGGAGUUCCCACUCUGGUCUGGCGGCUAAGGAUAAAAAGAUAAAAAAAUCAUAACAAAGGCCUUGAACAGGAGAGGCAGCCAGUUUACUUUUUACCUAUGUCCAGCACCUGCCAGUAAAUGGACAGAGCUUUAUGCUAGUUGCAAGUAUCAGGACAUGAUUCGGGAUUCCCCAUGAGGAGCACAUUAAUUAGCGCAGGAGGGGACCAACCUGCGUUUCUACAUUCAGGUGAAUUAAGAGAGUUUCUUCUUUUAUUUUUGCCGUUCAUUUCACUGUGCUUUAAAAAAUCUGUCUCGUCUUUUAAAGGAUUUUUUGGCAGCAUAUUUGGCUUGAUGGGCGUCUACAUUUAUGAUGGGGAACUUGUAUCGAAGAAUGGAUUUUUUCAAGGUUACAACCAGCUCACCUGGAUAGUCGUCAUUCUGCAGGUAAUGCAUCCAGAAUUACAUUUUACACAAAAACCAGCAGAACUUAUUCUCUUGCAGGAUAAACACGUCAGUUUUCUGGGAUAAGUACCGCUGCAUCUUAUUGAGGAGGGUCAAUUAUCUUUACAGUGGUACCUCGGGUUAAGUACUUAAUUCGUUCCGGAGGUCCGUUCUUAACCUGAAACUGUUCUUAACCUGAAGCACCACUUUAGCUAAUGGAGCCUCCUGCUGCCGCCGUGCCGCUGGAGCACGAUUUCUGUUCUCAUCCUGAAGCAAAGUUCUUAACCUGAAGCACUAUUUCUGGGUUAGCAGGGUCUGUAACCUGAAGCGUAUGUAACCUGAAGCAUAUGCAACCCGCGGUACCACUGUGUUCAGUUCAAUUACUAAUUUAAAAUACUUUGACUUAUUAAACAGCCCCCCCCCCCAUAAUCAGACAUUAUUUUUCCUAAACUGAAAUAUACGUAUGUUGGCAAAUUCCACCACCAAAUCAAACUUCUAACACAAAGCAUAAUGUCUCUUCAAGACGGUGCCUUUUGUGACAUGUGCAGGUGUCAUUUUAUAAGAGUUUCGUUUUUUACUUCAGAUUAUUCAUAUGCAGAUUUAUGCAGAUUUAAUUGACAAAACCCCAAUUAAUCAACUAACUUUUCUUCAUUCAGUUGACAGUCCUAUUAUUAAUGUAAUAUAAUUUUGAACUUCCUCACCCUACAUUAUGGGUAAGCAAACUAAGGCCCGGGGGCCGGAUGCGGCCCAAUCACCUUCUAAAUCCGGCCUGUGGACCAACGUGUUUUUACAUGAGCAUAAUGUUUGCUUUUAUUUAAAAUGCAUCUCUGGGUUAUUUGUGGAGCAUAGGAAUUUGUCCUUCUCCCCCAAAAUAUAGUCCGGCCCCCUACAAGGUCUGAGGGACAGUGGACUGGCCCCCAGCUAAAAAAGUUUGCUGACCCCUGCCUUACAUGUUAGUGUUAACAAAUACCUAUUUAUUGCAAUACUUACAAAAGCCCUAGGGGAGGUGCCGUCUUUGAAAAGACAGUCUUCCAUUUUCUUUGCAUAGUAAGGAAGGCCUCUCCUUAGAAGUUUUCAAAUAUGAUGACAACUUACUUUUCAAUGUUUUGUCAGGCACUUGGAGGCCUUGUUAUAGCUGCUGUUAUAAAAUAUGCAGACAACAUUUUAAAAGGAUUUGCAACAUCUUUGUCUAUUAUACUGUCAACAUUAAUCUCAUACUUCUGGCUGCAAGAUUUUGUCCCUACAAGGUAAGAGUACGUUAUAUAAAUAACUUGAAAUUUGUGUCUCAACUGAUUUUAAGUAAAUUUAACUGCUUAGGUUAGUAUGCACUCUAAAUACAUUGCAAUAGGAUGCAGCCUUUGUACUUUAUCGUGGAGAAUGGUGAUUGUCAUGCGGAUUACAAAAUAUAGAUUCUAGUCGGAGUCUAUCAAAGGUUAUUAAAUGCACAUUUAUGGUCACUUAUGUCACUAUUUCAGGACCUUUUCACAUGCUUCUUUCUGACCGACUCAGUUUUUACGCCUGAAUUGCACUGAUUUACUUCAUUAAACUGACUACACUGUUCUUAGUGUUAAGCUAGACAUAAACUGUGCAGUUCUUGGGUAGCCUGGUGAUGCACAUUUUUAAAAAGUUAAGACCAAAUUGCUGGGGACAUGAGUCUUAUCAUGACCACAGCCUUCAGGGAGAGGAGAUAUAACCCUUCUCUCCCCAGCAACAUGAUGAACCCCCUGCUCCUGCAAAUGUCGCAACUCAUUUCCCUCCAUGUUACGAUUCCAAUAAAAAUUGCUCCCCCAGUUUAUUAUUAAUUAAUUUUUUUGAAAAAGAAAAACUCCAAGCAUGGCUGUUAACCAUGCAACUGAAAUAACUUUUAAUUUGGCCAUUAAUUUCAGUGGGUUUAUUCUGAGCCAAACAUACUACUUUUCGUUUCCACUAAGAUCAACAUAUGCAAAGAGUAAAGGUCACAGUGUUUUACUUUUCAGGGAAGGAAAUACGAAAUUACGGCAUUUUAGACUACUUCCAUAUUAAUCUGGACUCAAAUAUUUUUCAGGGUGAUUCUUUGAAAUAGGUGGCAUAUAUCUUUAUGUAAAACCAUAUUAUGAAUUUGUGUCCCCCCCCCCAAAAAAAACCCCUUCUUUGUGAGUUUCAUUGAAUACAGAGGAACUUGAUUACAAGUACAUAUGGUUCAGAUAGCAACUGUAAGACAUUUAAAAGAGUUCUACCUCUUUCCCCCUCAAAAAAAUAAUAAUCUCUGUAUCUGCUGAUCCUAAUUUUGUUUAGUGUUUAAAUCUGAGGUGCUAUCUGCAAGAUCUACAAUAACUAAAGUUACAGUUCAACCAGAAGCCCAUUAUUAAUAGCUCAAACAUUAACUCAGAUAAGGAAAAUGAUCAAAUUCAGUAUGCCAGAGUGCAAAACAUCUAGCUGAGUCGGCUUUGGUUUGCUACUAAUUUUCACUGGUAUAACAUUCAAGUAACACAGUCAUACCUUGGUUCUCGAACAGAAUGCGUUCCAGGAGUCCGUUCGACUCCCAGAACUGUUCAAAAACCCAGAUGCGGCUUCUGAUUGGCUGCAGGAGCAUCCUGCAGCCAAUCGGAAGCUGUGGAAGGCACACUGGACGUUCGGCUUCUGAAAAUGGUUCGAAAACCGGAACACUCCUGGUUUUUGAUUGUUCGGGAGUUCCAAGGUGUUUGGCAACCAAGGUAGGACUGUAUAUAUUUUUGAAACCAAUAUUCACCAUCUGUUGUUGGACUAAUGUUGGGCAUCCUGAGUUCUAAUUCAGUACAUACUCAGGUACAGUGGUACCUCGGGUUAAGAACUUAAUUCAUUUUGGAGGUCCAUUCUUAACCUGAAACUCUUCUUAACCUGAAGCACCACUUUAGCAGCCUCCCGCUGCUGCCCCGCCGCUGCUGUGUGAUUUCUGUUCUCAUCCUGAAGCAAAGUUCUUAACCCGAGUUACUAUUUCUGGGUUAGCGGAGUCUGUAACCUGAAGCGUCUGUAACCCGAGGUACCACUGUAUCAGUAUUUGCCUGGCAAUUGUAAUCAAACUGUAAACGAACUAAACAACUAAACAGUGGGGAUUAGGUGUUUUUCAGAAGGUUUAAUGGUGAUUAGACACACAAAUGGCAUGCCCAUUUAAAGCCCUCCAAAGCCUCACCCAGCAGGGUCAACAUAGAUUAGGCUUUUAUUGAUGGAGCUUGUUGCCCACCUAUCUGCUCCAAGUUCCAUGGUCCACCCACUUCUUGUGCAGAUUCUUUUCCAUUGCUGAGCUGUGCUAGUUCUGUUCAUCAGAUGUGAAACGCUCAAUCUGAUGUCAUUCAGCGUGAGCAAGUCAGAGUCCUGUUUUUCCUGGUGGAAAAGCAGUUCCUUCAGCAAAAGUGUUUUUGUGAGAACCUCUAAGGAUUGGGGAUUUUUGCAAGCCCCAAAUCAGUGACUUUGUCUGCUUGUAUGACUAUCACUGGCAUGUCAGGAUUUCUGUGUAGAGAACUGCUGUGGCAACCAAACUGCUGCACUAUCCUUACAAGCAUACAGUGGUACCUCGGGUUAAGUAUUUAAUUCGUUCCGGAGGUCCGUUCUUAACCUGAAACUGUUCUUAACCUGAAGCACCACUUUAGCUAAUGGGGCCUCCCACUGCCGCCACGCUGCCGCAGCGCGAUUUCUGUUCUCAUCCUGAAGCAAUGUUCUUAACCCGAGGUACUAUUUCUGGGUUAGCGGAGUCUGUAACCUGAAGCGUAUGUAACCUGAAGUGUAUGUAACCCGAGGUACCACUGUACAAUAUUGGCUCCCGUUUAUGAUGGAGGAAGGAAGAUUUUUGGCCUAAAGUUUCUUGCUGCUCAGCUGCAAUUCAUGUGCUGUAGCACAGCCUUCAGGUAAGAACAGGGGUGAUCGACACGUUACACCAUCAAGGACUGUAAUAGAGAUCAUUGCAUCAAAAGCAUGUACUACUCUGUUCCUGAGCUACAACCCUGAGUGUAAGACAAGGGAAAGAGUACCCAGCUGUACUAUCAAUAGUGCCCUCCUUGUUCCCUGGCUCCCAUUCUAAAGAAGAAAUGAUAGAACUUUUAUUCAUUCUACCAGAUGGUGUAAUGUGUCGAUCGCCCCUGUUCUUACCUGAAGGCUGUGCUAGAGCACAUGAAAUUGCAGCUGAGCAGCAAGAAACUUUAGGCCCAAAAUCUUCCUCCCUCCAUCAUAAACGGGAGCCAAUAUUGUAUGCUUGUAAGGGUAGUGCAGCAGUUUGGUUGCCAUAGCAGUUCUCUACACAGAAAUCCUGACACACCAGUGAUAGUCAUACAAGCAGACGAAGUCACUGAUUCAGGGCUUGCAAGAAUCCCCAGAUUGAACUUUUCAGGUAGGAUUCGGAAAAACCAUUGAUACCAUUUAUAAAACCCUUCUACUGCCAGUCAUUGAUUGAGCUGGACGAGCCAACAGUUUGAUUUUCCAUUGAGCAGCUUCUUAUGUUCCCAUGUUGAACAUAAGUUGAUUAGAAUCUUUCCUUUCGUUAUUUGCAUACUUUAAGAGAGAAUAUUAAAACACCAGCAGUGAGUUCAGUCAGAAAGGGAAGAAAAUAUUUAACUCCAAUAGAAAUAUCGUAGAGCAGGUACAUAGUGCCUGAAUUUUGAAAGCCCAAUCUUUUGAUAGCCACAAUUUUUUAUACCCUGAAUUUUGAUACCUACGAUUUCAGCCGUUUUGAACCCUGCAGCCUACAUAUUGGACUUCUCAGUCUACGCCAUUGUCUUCCAUGCCUGUGGAAGUGUCCAAAGCAAAACAAUGGCUUUUUUGUCCAAUUCCCUCUCAGACAACAUCAUGAGACUUUAACAGUAACCAUUUGCAAGCUGGGAAGUUCUGUCCUGUUGCCGUGCAAAAGUCUCAUAUUUGCUCACGGCAUCUAUUUAAUAAGGUGCUAUUCUAUCACUUUUAUUUUAUUGUUCCAGUUCCUUUGCAGAUCUCUGUAGGUGUCCUGGUGUUUUGUUAUAUGACCAGGUUAAGAGAAAAGCCCGAAAUGUGCUUGUAAGAAGAAUGGGGAAAUGGGGAAAGCAAAACUAACGAACAUUUUGGUCAUGAAAUAAAUACAUUGAAGUAAAUGAUAUCCAGUUUAUGAAUGUAUAUGGUCUUAAGUCUCUCCCCCCCCCCUCCUUUUUCACUUUCAGUGUUUUUUUCCUUGGAGCUGUUCUUGUAAUAGCUGCUACAUUCCUAUACGGUUAUGAUCCAAAGCCUGCGGGGAAUCCUAUUAAAGCAUAGCAGAAUCUUCAGUGCCAGCCCUUUUUUUUGCAAAAACUGUGCACUAAGGACCUCAAAAUAAUUAUAUGGAGGACCACCAAGCACUGGAAAGGAAGAGUUUACAUGGUAUCUGAAGAAUGACAACAUAUUAAAAUAAUGGUUUAUGGGAGACCAAACUACAGAAAGACAGAAAACAGUAUGUACCUCUGGAAACGAAGGAAGUCCUAGAACAAAACUUGAAGGGAACACGUUGCAUUUAUUACCUACAAUUAGAAAUGCUUCCUGCUUGAACUCUGAGGUUAAAUCAGAAUUAUUUACUGUAUUUGACAGCUGCAGAAAUGCCCUAUGCACUCUUCUUGCAAGAGCACAUGACAUUUGUUGAAUCAUACUUUUUUCCUUUUUUUUUUUUUUGCAAAUUGACUGUUUCAUCUUAGUAUGUUUUUUUUUUAAACUUGCUGUAUAUUUGUAAUGAUCAAAUCAAAGUGAAAUAAGACUUGGUGCAACCAUGGCGUUUCUGAUUUGGCGUUCCAAUUUAAACCCCUGCAAAGUAGGAUUGAAUCGUUCUCAUUUCAGACAUUUUAAAUAUUUUAUAUAGAAAGCUGAACAAGUAAACAGAAAUUGGUGUUGGGAAACAUAUCUAUACACAUUUCUUAUGGUCACGAGAAACCUUUUUGAUAAGAUUCCCAGAGAGGAAGAAUCCGAAUCUACAAAUAAAAAUGAUUAAUCAGAAGUGUUGUAGGGAUCAGGUCACAACGUACGCUGCUGCAGUACUACCAUUGAGUCUGACCAAAGGCUUCGUAAAAACAAAUCGAAGAGGCAUAGCCACUGUGCUUUUAUUCAACAAAAGGCUAUGAUAGAGUGCCAGAGUUGGCACCAGAUAUGUGUGUGUUCAAAGAGCAAAUCCUUUUUAUAUAAAUAUAUAAAAGCAAAAAAAAUCUUGUAAUUACCUUACAGUGCAUUUCAUUGCUUCAAAAUUUAAUCUGAAAAUAUUUUAAACUGUAUUUUUAAAAUUAGUCAUGGAAAUGUUUAAAGGUAUUAUCGUUCCUUUUGGAGCCAUGGUGAUAUAUCAUGUGAAUAUACUGUAUUAUAUUACAGAGCUUUAAAAAAACACACACACACAUGUAAGAAUUAUGUAACGGAGAGUGGUUUUUGUCCAGUCUUGUGAAGAAUACAUGCUAACUGUAUUAAUAUUGAUAACAUUAUUGUGCAAUGAGUAUAGGGCAUCAUUUCUCCUGGUACAAGGGAUUGCCAAAGAACCUUCUUUCCUUCAUCCUGGAAUGGCUGGGCAAACCUUCCUGGAACACUUGUUACGGCUUAAUAUUGUGGGCAAAUCUGAUGUUAAACUGCUUACGGUAACAUAUCAAAAGGAAGGAAAUGUCUACAAAACACCCCACUUACACAUCUGUGUAACAACCAUGGUUCUUGCCUUCUGCCCCAACAUGUUUCUAGUGAUAAUAAUAAUAAUAAUAAUAAUAAUAAUAAUAAUAAUAAUUUAUUAUUUAUACCCCACCCAUCUGGCUGGGUUUUCCUAGCCACUCUGGGUGGCUUCCAACAAAAGAUUAAAAAUACAUUAAAACAUCAGUCAUUAAAAACUUCCCUAAACAGGGCUGCCUUCAGAUGUCUUCUAAACAUCAGAUAGUUGUUUAUUUCUUUGACAUCUGAUGGGAGGGCGUUCCACAGAUGUUAAAGAAAUAAAUGUCAAAGAAAUAAAUAGAUGUUUCUGUGAUGCUGCUAGGAGUCUCAGAGCACUCUUGUGAUUCUCACAGCUACAGUGGGUUUUUUGUGGGGAGCUAUGAGUUACAUUAAUUUAAUGUUACUUUGCUCCAGAAUUAGUCUAUUAAAAUAUUUCAGAGCAUAAUCCCAUGCAUUUCUGCUCAGGUGCAAGUUCCCAUUACAUUCAGUGGAACUUUCUCCCAGGUAAGUGUGUAUGGGAUUGAAAUCUCAAGUCCGUUAAGUCAAACCUAAUCAAAGUGUCAGGUUAGUGCACAGCUUUCUUUCUUUUUUACGGCAAAGAAUUGAUUUACAAACGGUGCAUAAAUGAUCGCUUUUCUGCAGCGUUUCCACUGGUAACAGUACAAAGUGAAAGUAAUUUAUAUUCCAAACAUUGGCAUUAGCAAAGAAAUAAAGUGUUUAUGAAAACAAA